AUGGGGGAUGGGGGUUGUGGUGCGGUGGAGGUAGAGUUGUGUGGUACGGUGGUGGUGUUUGACGGCAGUUCUAUUUUUGGCAUCAUGGGGGUAGUGCUGUGCACGGUGAUGGUGCAGAUCUAUUUUCAGUUGGUGGAUGGGGGCUGUGGUGCGGUGGAUGGAGACUAUACCGCGGUGGAUGGGGAUUGUAGUGUUGUUUUCGGCAUCGUGGCUGUGUUGCUGUGCGCGGUGAUGGUGCUGUGGUGCGAUGGAGGUAUGCUGUGCAAUCCGGGUUGGAUCAAGGCUCACGGCGGUGGCCACGACGAUGAUGGCGGCGGCGACCACGCAGAUUUGCACUCGAAAGGGCUGAUUCUUGUGAAAGUAUGGUGUCUGAUAAUCUUAUUUGUGAGCACAUUUGCAGGCGGAGUAUCCCCAUAUUUCUACAGAUGGAACGAGAGUUUUCUUUUGCUGGGCACUCAAUUUGCAGGGGGUGUUUUCUUGGGCACAUCUUUAAUGCAUUUCUUGAGCGAUUCAGCCUCUACUUUCCACGAUCUUACGUCAAAAGAAUAUCCAUUUUCUUUUAUGUUAGCAUCGGUUGGUUACCUUUUCACCAUGUUGGGAGACUGUGUUAUAGCGUAUGUUGUGAAUGGUGGUGAAAGAGAGGCUAGAGUGGAAGUUGAAGGCGGCACAGCGGUGGCGGAGGAAGGCGGAAAAGAGGUGGGAAUGAAUGUUAAUCCAGCUUUUGUAAGGACAUCAUCUGUGGGGGAUACUAUACUUCUUAUUCUGGCAUUGUGUUUCCACUCAGUUUUUGAGGGCAUUGCUGUUGGAGUAGCAGAUACAAAGUCAGAUGCAUGGAGAAAUCUUUGGACAAUUUCCCUUCACAAGAUCUUUGCAGCCAUUGCAAUGGGAAUUGCACUUCUAAGAAUGAUACCCAAAAGGCCAUUCUUGGCAACAGCAGCUUAUUCAUUUGCCUUUGCAAUUUCAAGCCCAGUUGGGGUUGGAAUUGGCAUUGCCAUAGAUGCCACUACACAAGGGCGCACAGCUGAUUGGAUCUACGCUAUUUCAAUGGGACUUGCUUGUGGGGUUUUCGUUUAUGUUGCUAUAAAUCAUCUUAUAACAAAAGGGUUUAAACCACAGGAAAAUUGUUAUUUUGAUACCCCAUUUUUCAAGUUUCUUGCUGUGCUGAUAGGAGUGGGUGUAAUAGCAGUUGUUAUGAUAUGGGAUUAG